AUGGUGAGCCGUGAGCAGCACACCAUCAGCUACGAGUACCUCGUGCUCGACCCGGCGUCUCUGGGCGUGUCGUGGGCCGACCCGGCCGCCGUGGAGAUCCCGCCGCAGCUGCUCGUCGCGCUCGGGGAGUACCUCUCCGCCGCGCGCGGCGAGUGCGAGGGCGGCGGCGACGCGGAGGCGGACGACGAGUUCAUGAUGUACGAGUUCAAGGUGCGGCGGUGCGCGCGCGCGCGGAGCCACGACUGGACGGCGUGCCCCCACGCGCACCCGGGCGAGGCCGCGCGGCGCCGGGACCCGCGCCGCGUCGCCUACAAGGGGGAGCCGUGCCCGGACUUCCGGCGCCGCCCGGGCGACGUGUGCCCGAGGGGCCUCGCCUGCCCGUUCGCGCACGGCACCUUCGAGCUGUGGCUCCACCCGUCCCGCUACCGCACCCGCCCCUGCCGCGCGGGCGCCGCCUGCCGCCGCCGCGUCUGCUUCUUCGCGCACACCGCGGCCGAGCUCCGCGCCGCCGGCGCCGGGACCAAGGACGAGUGCUCGCCGCUCUCGCUCUCGCUCUCGCCCAAGUCCACCCUGGCGCCGCUCUGGGAGUCGCCGCCGGUGUCUCCCGUGGAGGGCCAACGGAGGUGGGUCGACGCCAUCGAAGAGCCGUCGUCAGACGCCGACGCCGAGAUGAAGGAGCUGAUGCUCGCAAUGCGGGAGCUCAGCUUCAGGAAGGCCCAGGCAUCGUCGGCGCCGGUCCUGCCUGCGGUCACGGAGGAGGACGGGCCGGACUUGGGGUGGGUGUCGGAGCUGGUGAUGUAG